AUGAAUUCUCAGCAUGGUCAAGAAAACAAUCUGGUGGUAGAUUCUCCUUCUCCAAACAUGGCAGGUAAUCCUCCUUCAAAUACUAAUUCCGAUCUAGACAUUCCUAUAGCAUUGAGAAAAAGAACUAGGUCUUGCACUCAAUAUCCUAUCUCCAAGUUUAUUUCCUAUUCAAAUUUGUCAUCUUCAUUUGAAACUUUUACUUCUAGCUUGUCAGAUAUUGUUAUUCCUAGGAAUAUUGAAGAAGCACUUGAGAUUCCUGAAUGGAGAACAACUGUUUAUGAAGAGAUGAGAGCUCUUAAAAAAAUUGAAACUUGGAGAUUAGUGGAAUUACCACCUAAUAAAAGAGUGUUACAUCAACUAGAUGUAAAAAAUGCUUUCUUAAAUGGGGAACUAGAAGAGGAAGUCUACAUGAUUCAACCCCCUGGAUUUGAAGAGAAAACUCCCAAUAUUGUCUGCAAACUCAAAAAAUCUCUCCAUGGCCUGAAACAAUCUCCUCGGGCAUGGUUCAAUCAUUUUUCGAAUGUAGUCAAGGAUCUCAGCUACAAACAAGGUCAGACAGGCCAUACUUUAUUUAUUAAACACUUGGGAAAAGGAGAGAUAACUAUCCUGAUUGUAUAUGUUGACGAUAUAAUAGUUACUAGCAACAAUACCAAGGAUAUGACUUUAAUCAAAGGAUUAUUAGCAAAAGAUUGUCAAAUCAAAGAUCUUGGAACACUGAGAUACUUCCUGCGUAUGGAAAUUACUAGAAGCAAAAGAGGUAUUUUUGUCUCACAAAGAAAUUACACUCUUGAUCUUCUCGAAGAAACUGCAAUGCUUGAUUGUAAGGCUAGCAAAACUCCAAUCGAACUUGGCAACAAACACCGAAUGCUUAAAGGAGAACCAGUUGACAAAGAAAGAUAUCAACAGUUAGAUGGAAAACUCAUUUAUCUCUCACAUACUAGACCAGCCAUUAAUUUUGUGGUAAGCCUAGUAAGUCAACAUAUGCACGACCCACGCCAAGGUCACCUCAAUGUUUUAUAUCGAGUUUUGAAGUAUUUGAAAAGAACUCCAGGCAAAGGGUUGUUUUUCAAGAAAACUGUUGAAAGAAAAGUCGAAGUAUUCAGUGAUGCAGAUUGGACUAGAUUGAUUAAUGACAAAAAAUCUACAUCAGGAUACUGUACUUUACUAUGGGGCAACUUGCUAACAUGGAGAAGUAAGAAACCGACUGUUGUUGCGAGAAGUAGUAUAAAAGCUUAA